UGACCAUUCCCACCUUUAUAAAGCGUAAGCAUUCACCACAAACCCUAGCUCUCUUCAAGCGAAAGCCUACUUGGUGACUGCGCCUCGCCGCUCAUUUCUGAUCCCAUGGGGGCUUACAAGUACGUUUCCGAGCUAUGGAGGAAGAAGCAAUCCGAUGUGAUGAGGUUCCUGCAGAGGGUGAGGUGUUGGGAGUACCGCCAGCACCCUUCCAUUGUUCGUGUAACCCGGCCUACUCGCCCUGACAAGGCUCGCCGCCUGGGGUACAAGGCCAAGCAGGGUUACGUGGUUUAUCGUGUUCGUGUUAGGCGUGGUGGCCGCAAGAGGCCUGUUCCCAAAGGUAUUGUUUAUGGGAAGCCCACAAACCAGGGAGUUACUCAACUUAAGUUUCAGCGCAGCAAGAGGUCAGUGGCAGAGGAACGAGCUGGGCGGAAGUUGGGAGGACUCAGGGUUCUAAAUUCUUACUGGCUUAAUGAGGAUUCAACAUACAAGUACUACGAGGUUAUUCUCGUUGAUGUUGCUCACAAUGCAAUCCGAAAUGACCCAAGAAUCAACUGGCUCUGCAAUCCGGUCCACAAGCACAGAGAGCUCCGUGGUCUCACAUCUGCUGGGAAGAAAUUCAGGGGAUUGCGUGGAAAGGGACACGCUCACCACAAGCAACGUCCUUCUCGCAGGGCGAACUGGAAGAGGAACAAUACCCUCUCCCUUCGUCGUUAUCGUUGAUUUCGGCAAUAUUGCUUCAUGUUUCUGUGUUGUUUUCUGGAUAUUAAUCUCGAGGAAAAACAUAAGAGUUUGAAAUUUUGGAGAUUGAAAUACUUGGUUCAUGUUCUAUUUGAAUAUUUUAGUAAGUUGGUAUCUUGAGUUGUGGUUU